AUGUCCAACGUAAACCCCGACCCCGGCAAUGACGCGCCCGCCUUUAUCCCCCUCGAGGCGAAUCCGCCGCUGAUGACGAACCUCCUACACAAGCUCGGCGUGUCCCCCGCCCUCGCCGUGCACGACGUCUACUCCCUCACCGAACCUGAGCUGCUCGCCUUUCUCCCCCGGCCCGCCCUCGCGCUUCUGCUCGUGUUUCCCGUCAGCGCCGCCUACGAGAGCCAGCGGCUGUCCGCCGACAGCCUGGUCGCCGAGUACGCCGGCCACGGCGCCGAGCCCGUCGUCUGGUGGCGGCAGACGAUCCGCAACGCCUGCGGCAUGAUGGGGCUGCUACAUGCCGUGUGCAACGGGCCGGCAAGGGAGUUUAUCGAAUCCGGCUCCACGCUCGACGAGCUCCUCCAGAAAUCGAUCCCGCUCGACCCCGCGCAGCGCGCAAGGCUGCUCGAGCAGACGCCCGCGCUGGCCGCGGCGCACAAGGACGCGGCGCAGCAGGGCGCCACGCAGGCCCCGGACGCGCACGACGACGUGGACCUACACUAUGUGUGCUUUGUCAAGGGCAGCGACGGCGCGCUGUACGAGCUGGACGGGCGCCGCAAGGGGCCGAUUCAGCUCGGCGCGCUGGCGUCGGACGAGGAUGUCCUGAGUGAAAAGGGCCUCGCGCUGGGGCCGCUGAGGUUCUUGGAGGGCGCCGGUGGUGAUUUGAGAUUCAGCGCCGUGGCGCUGGCGGGCACCCUGGACUAG